GUUUUCGUCGCUUGGUUGCUGGGGGAGUGUGAGUCGAGAAAUUGUUGAGUGCAAACGUCAAGAAUCCACGCUGUACUGCGUUUUCGUUCAGCGAAAGCUGCUUGAGAUCGGUGCAUUCGUCUGUCUUCUUAGUCCAUGACGAGAAAUCGAGGGAAGUUUCGGGAUUUUUCAUUGGGUCUUUCUUGUUUCUCUUUUCUCAGAAAAUUACGAGAGGCCAAGCAACUGGGUGCUCAUGGUGUAUGCUUUUUUUCUUCCUGUUUCAUUCAAGGGUUUUGAAUUAUUUUUUAUGUCACUCGCAGCAGCCAAAGAAGCAAGAGAAAGAAUGGCUUGCCGUAAGUUUCAGGCCGGAGAACUUCGUUCCGGGACUCAUCAUUGGUUUCAUUUUGGGAUGGUUCAUUGACUUAUCAAAACCCACCAAGAGCAAUACAAGGAGGAGAAAUUUCUUGCCAGGAAAGCGGCAAGAGCAGUGUCUGGUCCCCAGUGGAAGUGACCAGGACCUUAAAAUGGUUCUAGUGGUCAGGCAGGACUUGAAGAUGGGACAAGGGAAGAUUGCUUCUCAAUGUGCUCAUGCUGCCACGGGGAUGUACGGGGCGCUGAUGCAGAGUGACCGUUUUUUACUGAGAAAGUGGGAACAAUGUGGACAACCGAAAAUUGUUUGUACGUGCAAAAGUCAACAAGAAAUGAAUAAGCUAAGGGAAGCAGCUGAGAGCAUAGGUCUUCCAACUUUUGUUGUCGCCGAUGCUGGGCGAACACAGGUUGCAACUGGUUCAAGGACUGUUCUUGCUGUUGGACCUGGACCGAAAGAAUUAGUGGACUCAGUAACAGGAAAGUUGCGCCUCCUAUGACACCGUUGACGGAUUAUCUUCUGCUCUACAAAUGGUUUCACGCCUGAAGAAUUUGCUUCCCAAAAUUUACGUAAAUCCUAUUUAGUGGCGUGACAGCAAGGUUCACUCUUUAGUUGACCUCUUUUCAGCAUAGCAAUUGUUAGUUACCUGAGCUAUAUAUCAUUAGUAGGUGCAAUCGGGGUGCAAGGAACAGUAACCAUUCUCUUUUUUUGCCAACUUAUUGUAUCGUUUCUAGUCUUUAGUACCAAGGUCAGUCGUCUUGAUUCUCUUCGUAGCUCUCCUGUGUAACAUUCAGAUUGAAGGCAAUCUGCACUGAAGAACGGUAAAAAUAAUGGAAUUCGCUCUCCAUGUGUUA